CCCGUGUUCACAGCGCCAGCGGGGCUGCCCGGGCGGGAUUAGUGGGACACGCUGCGGUCAAGAUGGCGGCUGCCAUGGAGGGUCCACGUGGGGUCGGUACAGCCGCCGUCGCCGACUCGGCGGAGGAGAGCGGUUCUGAGCGGAGUUCAGAGCUCCCAGAAGACGACUUCUCUUCAGAGGGCGAAGCAUUAGACGGUGACGAUGAGGAUGAGGCGAUGGCCCACGGCAAAAUGGAUGAAAAUGAAGCAGAAUCCCAGGCUGGCCCAAGUGCGGGUUGGGCGGAGGCCAUGGCGAAAGUGCUUAACAAAAAGAUUCCCAAAAGUAAAUCCACCAUAUUGGUUAAAAGUAAAGAGCUGGAGAAGGAAAGAGAGAAAGAAAAACAAGAGAAGCUAGAGAAAAAGAGGCAGCUUGAUAAAAAGCGGGAGUGGGAAAUGAUGUGCAGAGUGAAGCCAGAUGUUGCCAAAGACAGAGAAAGGGAGAGAAAUUUUCAGAGAAUUGCCACACGGGGUGUUGUGCAGUUAUUUAAUGCUGUCCGGAAACACCAAAAGAAUGUUGAUGAGAAAGUGAAAGAAGCAGGGAAUUCCAAUAGGAAACGUGCUAAACUGAUGUCAUCUGUUUCAAAGAAAGACUUCAUCAAUAUGCUCAGAGGGAAUGAAGAUGCUAAAAGAGAACAAAGUAUUUCUGGGAAGACCCUGAAAAGCAAACAGGGUGAAGUGAAAUCUGAUGAAGAGCCAGCAUGGAACAUACUCCGUGACGAUUUCAUGAUGGGAGCGUCUAUGAAAGACUGGGAUAAAGAGAGUGACAGGGAAAGCAACACUGGACAAGAUGAUGGACUAAGGCAGGAUAGUGAAAGUGACUGAUGGAUGAAAUAAAAGAAUAUUCAAGAUAAAAUGUCUUAAGUUAAUUGCAGUACAAGACUGGUAGGAGAUGAAAGGUGCUCUUGUGUUUUUUUUUUUUUUUUUACAAUAAAUAAAACUUCAGGGGGUGAUGUUGAGAUUCAGAUAUUCCACAUUCAGAAAGGAACUUCACCUGUGAGGUCCAUGGCAUAAUUGCUAUGACAACUGUACAGCUUGAUUGAUUAAUGGUUUUAUAAAGCGCUGUCUGUACAUGAUGUUGAAUUGUGUCAAGGAAGGGUCACUGCUCUGAAUUGCUUUUAGUAUGAAGGUCAGAUUCUCAGUUGGAGUAGAUGUGUCGCUCUGUUACUAAUUUACCCCAGUUGGUAAUCUGUUCCUUAAAGUACAAUGGGUAGAAUACAUAUACAUGUAAAGAAGGGAUAGUUGUGUGGAUAAGGAAGAAAAGUAAUUCAGGGGACUGAAUUCUGUCGCCCCACCCCGCCCAUCCAUAGGCUUGCUGUGAGAGCUUGUGUAGGUCAGUACCUCAGUUCCCCAAUUGUAAAAUGAGGAUAAUACUUCAUGGGUUUUAAGGCAUAAUUCAUUGAUAUUUUUAAACCACUUUGAGAUGAUCUGGAAGCUUUUACAAAACUGCCAAGUAUUCUUGAGUCUGCUGAUUUCUCAUGCACCGAACUAUCUUUGCAUCUUAUUAUAUGCAGGGCACUAAGGAGUGCCUUCACUAAUUUAAAAAAAAUACUCUUAAGUAUUCCCUUAUUCGGCAUCUAAGUGAAAAUAUAAAGGACAUCAUUGAUGUAGUAGAGACAAACUAUAAAUGUUAAAUUGGAUUUAAAUUUCUUAAAUAAUAUGAGUGGAGGGAUUUGUAUAUAUUAUACCAUGUAAAUAUAAUAUACAUAUAUAAUUCAUAAAACCAGCCCCUAACAACUGGCAAUAGUUCUGUUAUACUGUAGCCUGUUAACGCAUCUGUUAUAUAUUGUAGCAUAACUCUUUGAGGAGAACUCGAAGCUAACAGCAGAAAUGUUUACGUUUUCAAACUGGUUUGAGUGUGAAGUGUAUUAGAUAUCUAAGGCGACAUUAGCUUGUGGCCUCAUGAUUAUUAUCACAAAUGAAGGCAUGUACCCAAAAUAUAAAGUGGCAAAACCACAAAAGUUUGAUGUACAUUUAUCCCAACUUCUGAGGAUUUGACAUCUGUAUAGUUAUUAAAUUAGUAGAAUUGGCAUCUCAUUUAUGCAUUAAUGUAAACAAAUAUUUUUAAAUAAGAUAAUAUAGUUCGAAUCUUAUAAAGUACCAUUAUAGUUUCAUAUCACAUUUCUUGGUUUCUGCAGAGUUUAAUUACUUUGAGUAAAACCUCCAUGGGCAGCCUUAAAUCUAUAACUUUACUGAACAAAGAGUUGAUGAUGCUGAUUUAAAUUUUCUCUGUGGUUUGUUCUUAAGGCCAGGUACUGACUUACAUCCAACAUCUAAGUCCUGUUUGAGAUCAGCAGUAUUUGGCUCUGACCAGUGGCUUACUGAGAACAACUACUUUAAAAAAGAUGAAUUUUUCCUACCAGAAAGUUGCUUGAGAAACUAUAGUAUAUUUUGAAAUGACUACAUUUUAUAAAAUUAUUUUCAGCAAACAUUUCCAUAAUCUUUGUUUUCAGAACUUGUUUGUAUGCACUUAGGUUUUUGCAGUAAAGUUAUAAGUGACCAAAGCAUUGAGUUGCCAUUUAUAAGUGUUUUUAAGAAAAACACGGAGAGAUUAUACAUCAAAGAUAACGUCUUAAAAGCUAUAAUUUUAGAUGGCACAUCAGCAGCUGAGCGUUGUGUGUGUAGGCCACAUGUAUUGCCUUUCAAAACCCUUAACGUACAUAACUCUGACCUUUUUUAUGUACUACUUCACAGACUGCCUAACCAACCCUCUCACCCUAUAAAGCCUCCUUGCUUUUUCCUUUGGGUUGCAUACAAUAUGCUGAUGAAUAAUUAAAAUCUAAAUCUGAGCCAUGAUUUUUUUAAAUUAAUCUUAAAUAGGUGCUUUACUUGAACUGAAAUCUGCAAAGCAUCAGCACAUCCAUACGCUGUUUGAAUUGCUACAUUAUUGACAGCAUUAUUGUCUAGCUUUCAGUGAAGUACGUAUAUGUGAACUUCAAUCCUGCAACUUCGCUGGCCAAUACAUAUUUUUGGGAAAAAAGUGUUUGGGGGACAUGCAAAUAUUUUAAUAUUUCAUCAAAAACAAAUUCUUCCUCCCACCACUUCUUUCUCCAUCCAAAGUAAUUCUGAAACAUAUUUCAAGGCACGGAAAUAGUCCACUUAGCUUAACCCAACUGCCUUCUACCUUCUCUGUACCCGAAACAUUUCUGUGAACACAAAUCCUGCCUUAUAAUUUGGUAUUGUGGUUAAAGCCCAGCUGGAGAUUUAAAUGUGUAGUAAAAGUAGAUUCCUGUUGUAUAGGAGCAACUCUGAGACUGAUUUCCUUUCUCAAGAGGGCAAGGAUGAUCAGACCCGUGGGCUCAAUAGAUGCUCAACACCUCUGGAAUAGUGUGGAAGAGACAGAGCUAGAACCCACGUCUGCUGACUCCCUGCCCUCCCUAGCAGUGCCCUCUUCCUCUACUAUCGCAGAGAGAGCAGAACUUGGUUCUCCAGAUCAGUCUCCUGCUCCCAUGAGUAUAUAGGCUUCAGAAGAGCUGUGCUACUGCCUGACAGGAGAAGUUCAUGAUCCUACUUAUCUUUAUAUGGUGUCUUUUUACAUCCGCAGAAAUAAAGACACCUAGGGCUGGUUCCAGAUGUGCAAGGCACCAGGUAGGCUCCAUAAUAGGCACAUUGGAAAAGGAUUCUUGGCUGCAUGGAUUGCAGAAAAUAAAUUUUCAUUGCGGGGAGCAGUUCAGCUUAAUUUGUUGGUUACUUUUGCCUUCAUCUUCCGAUCACCUUUCAGCUUCUCUUUCUGUGAGGAAAGGACCAUCUUCCCCUAGCAGUGCUUCGGGUCUGCCCCGGUGGGAGAACUUUUGGUGGGCUGUUCUUGGGGUUUAUAGAAUAUUCUGUACUAAUUCUACUGGGGCGCGCACAGGCUCUGGGAACUUCCCUGCCAUGGCUGCUUGAGUGGGGAGAGCUGCCUGCCUGCGGUGCCUCUCUCUGGCUGGUGAUCUCUUGGUUCGGGCUGAGGAGCGUCUCCCUUCUGAAGUUGUAUGGUCUGACCAAGAUGAGCAGAGUGAACCAAGCAUUCCCUUAGUAGGAAGCUGCUGAUUGUGGGCCCUACCUGUUUUCUAGUGAAAAGGGGAGAUUUUUUUUUUUUUUUUGAAAGAAUGAAACUGUUCUGGGCAGGGUGAGGCUCCUAGAACAGGCUGACCUGUGUAGCUGAAUGACCUGCAUGUCCCUUGAGCUAUCUCUGCAGUCACCACCAGGGAGGAAGGCAGUAGCCAUCUCACCUCUAGCUCUUUGCACAAUAGUUAGAAGAAGGACAAACCCUUAACUCUUAUUAAAUUGGUCCUGGCAUCCUUAACAACCAGAUUGAGCAGUCAUCAACUUUGCUUUCUUCCAGCCCGUGCAAACCGAUCAAUGACUUAUCCAGGACUUGCUGCAAGGUAGAGGCAGGGGAAGGCUUGAAAUGUCAGGGAGCCUUGAGAUCUUGUUAAAUUUUGAUCAUACUUGGAGCAAAUGUGCAGAGAUCCUAAAGCCAAAUGAGGUUCACAUUAAACACAUAGACAAUGAACAGAUGCUUACAACCUUAGCCAGGGGUUUUGCAUUCUGCAGUAGUUGGGAGGAUUGUGAGGAUUCCAAAAAGGCAGUUGAAAACCUGGUGACUUCACUCCCCUGCUUUCUGAUGUACAGGGGAGAUGCUUGAAGCAGAAUGUUCUGAAUAAGAUAAUAAAUAAUACCACAGGGCAAAUACUGUAAUUAAAGAUUACAGUUGGGGAAUGAGGGGAUAUGGGCUAGCUUCCUUAGCUGUCUUACAACAGGCAUUUGCUUUCCAACGCAGUUGUUUAUCGCUCUUAUCUUUGGGUACACACUGACUGAAUAGAGCUUGACUCAAAAUGCGUAGCUUCAACACUGAAUAAAAUACUUGCUUUUAGCCUCAUGCAACAUUUCAAUCUUUAGAGUGAGUUCAGUCACCCUAACAUGUAUAUAACUUGUGUGCUGCCAAAUGCUUUAAUAAGUUUAAAGGGGACCUUUUCAAAAGCUCCUAAGGGAUUUAGCAUCACACGACUUUCAAUGGGAUUCUAAAUCUUUUAGGUGCUUUUGGAAAUCUUCAGAUAAAUCAACAGUAUUUCGUUAUAGUAUCAUAGUUCAUCCAUUCUAGUGAGCUGACCAAUAGCCUCUUCCCUCACUCCAGUGAAUGGCGGAGAUUCUCAUGCACCCGCAUGCAGAUUUUCAGUAAUAAUCUCAAAGUUCUAUUUUCAGCAUUUCUAUUGGUCGUAAGAUUGCUAAAUAGGUCUGCAUCCUGCAAAAACUUACACCCGAGGGGUCUCAUUCUGUAAAUUGCAUAUAUAAAUCUUUGCAGGCUUACAGCCCUAAUAACUUUAAAGGAUAUUAAGAUUCCAUUUAUAAAUGGUUAGUUAAUACAUGAUGAAUAGAUGUUAUAAGCAUGUAACAAACAGGAGUAGUGUGUGUCAUAGAUGGUUACAAGCACAUCAGUAGAAGGUGUUGUCGA